GAGCCCACUGCUGCAUCGUCCACAGCCACGAGAUGUGGAGGGAUUCACGCAAAGCAGGAGCCUCAUUCCCAGUUGGCUGCAGCUGCAAGUGCCCACCCACCCAAUCCUUCCUGCCGCCGUUCUUCUGGCCUUCCGGCUCAAGCAGCAACCACGUAGCAGCUACUCUUCUCUUUACUCUUUCCCUUGGCGUGGCAGCGGCAGUACCAGGUGAACCGGCCGGCCGGCCGGAGCAAGCAGCAGUGCAGGAUGCCACCACGUCCUAGCUAGUUAGCUUUGUUUCUUGUUGAUGCUGAGAUUCCAAUGGCGUCGCGCAGCGCCGCGCUCUACUUCUCCACCGCCGUCACCACCGCCAGCUCCGGCAGCAGCAAGAGCCGUGGCCGUUUCUUGGUCGUCUGCUGUGACAGCAGCAGGAGAUCAGACCUGCUCUCUUCCUCCCUGGCCGCCAAGGUGCUGGGCGCCCCGACGACCUUCGACGCGGCGAAGCUGACGGUCCAGUUUUCCGGCGACGACCCGCGGCCGGCGUUCCCGAGGGCCUACACCCUGAGCCACUGCGACUUCACGGCCAACCUAACGCUGGCUGUCUCUGAGACCAUCACCAGCGACCAGCUCCGGCGGUGGCAGCGGGACGACGUCUUCGCCGAGUGGAAGGAGAUGUCGUCCACCACGACGAGCGGCGGAGGGGAGAUGACGCUGCACCUGCACUGCCACGUGAGCGGCCACAACGCCCUGCAGGAGCUGGCCGCCGGGUUCAGGUACUACGUCUUCUCCAAGGAGCUGCCGCUGGUGCUCAAGGCCGUGCUGCACGGCGACGGCCAGCUCUUCGCCGACCGGCCGGAGCUCAUGGAGGCCAAGGUGUGGGUGCACUUCCACUCCGCCUCCCGGAAGUACAACCGGAUCGAGUGCUGGGGACCCAUCAGGGACGCCGCCAAGAGGAACCUUCUGGAUGGACGGCUCGACGAACUGCAGAGCGAGAUCGCCAAGAGACGAAGGAAAUGGAACAUAUUCCACGCACUCGUCUCGCUCCUCCUUUGAUUUGAUCCCCCCAUCUUGUACACAAAUUAAAGCGAUUGUUUCGAGUUCCAGUGACAAGGGAAAAUUAACAGUUCACUAGCCGAAAUGUCCGUGCAUUGUCACGGAACAAAAAAAAAAGCUACAUUUGAAGACAUGCAUCAAAAUUUCUUUUCUUUGGUAUUCUUUGAUGUGCACCAAAUUUCACGUUAAAAAAGGUUUUUCCGAA